AUGACUAACAUAGCUUUGUAUUUUAAACAGCUGAAAAAUCAAUAUCCCUUUUUAAGAAACGUAUGGGAUGCGUAUGAUAAUUUCGAUGAACCAGUAGAUUUAUCUAACAGAAAUAAACUGUAUCAUGAAUUUUGUAACCAACUUAUAAGUCGUGUUAGAACGGAUAAAAAGAAGCACUAUGAUUUGUGCGUAAAACUUAUAAGAAAUUUGAAAUUAUUUUGCCAUAAUACAGGAGAAUGUAAAUUUGAUAGUAAUGAUUGUAACAAUUUAAACAACUGGUUAUUUAUUUCCAUAGUAAAAGAUCAACUUAUUCCGUAUUUUUAUAUUUAUAUUUUCAAUUUGAUUAAAAGAAUAUCACCUAAUCUAUCAUAUCAGAAUGAGUGUCUGUAUUAUUUCUACGGUAAAAAUUAUUUUGAACCACUUUCUAUCGUAAUUCUAAAUAUAUUUCAGUCUAACAUAGAUCUUAUUAGACAAACGCUGAUAGGGUCUAAAGAUAAAAUUUACUGCAGUUGUCAACAAUUUGUCUAUAAUGUGGUAAGAAGAUAUAAACACAUUAAUAGUAUUUAUUGCCAUGUAGACCAGACUAAACUUAGAGAAAAGAACAAAAAUACAUGUUUAUUUUUAAAACAAUUUGAGACAACAUAUGAUGCAUAUCUUAUAAAUGAUGGAUCUAUACAAAAAAAAAAAGUCGAACUACCAUCUUUAAAGCAUGAAGACACCUUAGAGUUUGUCCCAUGCAUACCGGAUGAUGGAAUACACCAGUCUCUAAGUAUAAACGAAGUACAAAUACCACCUGAAGAACCCGUGGAAUUAUUCGAAACAGAGUUGAAUGAUCAAAUGGACUUAUUCCAAAAUCCUGAAUAUUUUACUACAAGUGUAUUCAUAAAAAACGUUUUACCUACAACUCUUGCUAUUAUCGCUGCAGCGUCUUCCCUCUUUUUUUUAAUCUAUAAGUUCACUCCAAUUCGUAGCUUGUUUCGCUCCAGAAAAAUAGUAAAAACAGUGAGAAAUAUUUAUGACAGAGAUAAUAAAAAUGAAUUAUUAUACGACGCAUAUAAUACUAUGGAUAUAAGCUCAUAUAAUAACAGAUAUGACAUAGCAUAUGGAAAUUUAUGA